GAAGUUCAAUUGAAUUUCACAGCGAGUUUAGGCGUAGAAAUUUCAUGUUCAGUAAAUCCUAAAUACACGAAUUUAAUCCUUGAGAUUAGGUUAGGGUUGGGAUUAGGUCUUCGGAUUAGGUUCAACCAGGGCGUCUAUUGUUCAACCGGAAAUUGAUAAGGCUGGAAGGUUUUCCCGGAAGUAAACAUGUGCUGGUGACGUCACGAAGCUAACGUGGCGUUAUCAGGAGACAGUCGACAUAUUGUUUCAAAAUUUUGGUCAAAAAUCAACUUUAUACUAUUUUGAUUCAAAGACUAAAUUCUCGCGUUGAAUAUGGCUCGAUCUCCGAACAGUUCGCCCUACCAAGACUACAUCAAUAAAGCCGAAGAUUUCGCUGAUCAGAUUCUACGCCAUUCCAAGCACGUGUUGCCUCAUCUUGCUCGCUUUUGUCUGGUAUCGACCUUUUUUGAAGAUGGAAUACGAAUGUGGUUCCAGUGGGGUGAACAAAGAGAUUAUUUUAGCCAGACGUGGAACUGUUCCGUAGUAUUUGGAGUCUUAUUCGUCCUCUUCAACUUGUUUGGUCAACUGGGAGGUGUUGCAAUGGUUUUAGCACGACAAAAGGUCGAGAUUGCCGUAGCUAUUCUGGGGACAGUCGUUGUCGUCCAGACUGUUGCGUAUAGUAUUUUAUGGGAUGUUAAAUUCUUGAUGAGGAAUAUGGCGUUAGCUGGUGGUCUCCUACUCCUCUUGGCUGAGAGUCAAUCAGAGAAGAAAAGUCUGUUUGCAGGUGUUCCAAGUGCUGGUGGAAACACACCCAAAACCUACCUUCAAUUAAGUGGUAGAAUCCUGUUGGUGUUUAUGUACUUGACCCUGCUUCGCUUUGACCUCUCCUUCUUCCGUACCAUUGAGAUCAUAGUUGGCUCUAUCCUUAUGGUAUUUGUUACCAUUGGUUUCAAGACAAAGCUCUCAGCUUUAGUGUUAUUAGGUUGGCUUACCAUCCUAAAUGUCUAUUUUAAUGCCUUCUGGAUGGUCCCAAGCGAUCGACCAUUACGUGAUUUUCUUAAGUACGACUUCUUCCAGACAACUUCUGUGAUUGGUGGGUUGCUGCUUGUUGUUGCCCUUGGCCCCGGUGGCGUAAGUGUAGAUGAUUAUAAGAAGAAAUGGUAGAUAUGUUGAUAAUUGUUUCAAAAGUACAUUAGGGAUACCAUGAUGUGAUAUUGUGUUGAGAAGCAAUAAUUGAUUGCAUGCAUAUAUGGAAAUGGACAUUUUACAGAAUGAACUUAUUCUCUGUUGGUAAAUAUCAAUACAGGAAACUUCUCGUAUUUUCUGGGUUGAUAUAUUAGAGCGAUUUAUGGAAAAAUCAAUUCUUACUUAUAUAAGAUUAAGAUGCAAAAACAUUUGGCACAUAAUUGAUUGUAAUUUGCCUGUGUUCUUGCUGCUUAUGAAACUGCUAAAUUGAUUUGAAACUUAUAUUUGCCUGUUUAAUGUGCUAAAGAAAAUUGAAUUUGAACAUGCGUUUUCAGUAUGUGUUACUAAGUCUUAAAAAAACAGGCAUCAAUAAUACUAUCAUUAGACCAAACAAGCCUAAAAAGUAUGGUUUAAGCCAGCAUUUAUGAAAUAGUUUUGCCUUGCAUGAUCGCUAACAUGGUUCUGAUAUCCAUCAGGACAAUGUUGGUGCAUUGCCAAUUUGCAAAAACUGACUUCAGCUAAUGCUUUUUCUUACUGAUGCUAAAGUUUCAUAUUUAGAUACAGUAAAUGAUAGUUAUACUGCUUAUUGUACAACUUUAUUUUAAUAGACACAUUAGACACACUUGUAAACUUUUGCUGAAAUGUUAAGAUCUUUAUUAGGAAAGUAAUACCAAAAGUAAAAGGACUGGCAAACAUCACAAAGGAUAUUUUUGUUGUACAAUACAGGCCCUCUUUGGCAAUGGUAAUGAAUUCAUAGACGAAUAAUUCAGUUGCCCCCUGAGAAUCUGAGAUUAAUAUUGUCACGCGAAGAUAAUAUAAAAUUUCUCAUUAGCAUGUCAAUUCUUUGUUGUAAAGAA